AUGUAUACCCCAACACCGCAUAAAAUCACCCAGUUGUUUUCUCCGUUGCCAUUGUCGUCUCAAAUUCGCGCGAUGGAGGAAAGUUUCAGAGUGAGGAUCGACAAGAUAUUUGGGUCUCUUUCGUCCUCAUCCGCGUCUUCUUCACCUCUGAGCUCACUUUGGUGUCUAGCGGACGACGAGAUCGAUAAAACUGAACGGAGCGGAGGAGAAAAGGAGCCUUCUGGAUCCCGACCGGAGGAGAACGUUCCAGAAGAUUUGAGCGUCGAUGAGGACGAAGGACAGUCUAGUGUAUCGCAGAAGCCGAGCGAUUACAAUGACGAGGAGUGGGAGAUCAAAUCCUUAAUCGGGAUGGACACUACUCUUGAUAUGGAGGAAGAGGAAGAUGAAAAUGACAAAGUAGCUGUAGGCGAAGAAUUGUACAGUUACACGAAGGAUGUGAAUGACUAUGAGACGGAAGCAGACGACUGGGAGGAGCUUCCAGCUUCCUUCAAAGAAAGAGAGAAGGACCCUCGUGCUAAUCUCAUCGCAGCAGAGCUUAGGCUUAAAGAAGACGCUGAGGCUGUUAACAAGUUGAAUUCUUUACAUGUCUCUGAGGUACAUGAGGAUAAGAUAUCCAUGUCCACGUCUCUGGUGGUGUCUGAGGGGGAACAUGUUGGCUCUUCAGAUGAUAAUGGGCUGAAACCGAUAUUGAAGAGGAAAGAAAACAUGGUCGAUUCUAAGUUGCAGAAGCGUGUUCGUUUUAGCUCUGAUACCAGAGAUGAGAAUUCGAGUGGAGGUGAGAAAGAUUCUGUGAUGGAGACAAGUUCCCCGGAUGAGCAGAUAGUGCGGGCAGAUUAUCCGUGUGGGAUUCCAGAUUAUAUGCGAAACCCAUCAAAGUACACAAGAUAUACAUUUGAUGAAGGUGAGGUUGAUGAAGAGUCCAACCGGAAAGCUUAUAUGGAGUUUCUCAACAUGGUUAGGAGCCGAGAUGAGCCUCUCGUAGAGCCUCUGGGUGAGCUUCCGACGUCAGUGGCUUUUGUGCCAAAGAGAAAACCAAUGGCGGAGAGCAAAGUAGAAAACGAAGACAAGGGUCGUGAUGGAAGAAGAGGUGCAGUGGCUGUGGCUGUGGCUGUUAUCAGUACCGUAGAAGACAACACUGUUUCUGCCAUGGAAGAAGAUGAAAUGGAAACAGCUCAAAAUGUCAUAAGAAGACCCGGCCGUCAGUAUCGAAACAAGGCCAGAGAAGAUGAAGAUGAAUAA